CCCCCCCCCCCCCCCCCUAGCUCACCGCCCUCCCGCCGCGAGACCCAAGCCCGACAAUCUCGUCGUCGCGCGCUUGCGCCGUUCUGCAGUGCAACCUCUGCGUCUUCGAAUUGAAUCCAGGUCUCUGCAGGAGGGUGGAGAGGAGGAAGAGGUGGAGGUUUGUGACAGGAUUUGCCCAGCCCAAUGGUUCCGUCCGAGAGGGGGAGCGUCGCCACCGCCGUCAGCACUCCUGCCGCCGACAAGCUGCUCCAUGGGCCUAUCUCUGGCAAGAAGAAGUGCAAGAAACCAUCCCCGAGGAAGAUUCAUAAGGCUGAGAGGGAGAAGCUUAAACGAGACCACCUAAAUGAUCUCUUCGUCGAGCUGGGUAAUAUGCUAGAAGCAGAUAGACAGAACAAUGGGAAGGCAUGCAUACUGACUGACACUACUCGGAUACUAAGAGAGCUGCUUGUUCAAGUAGACUCUCUUCGAAAGGAACAUAGCAACCUACAGAACGAAUCUCAUUAUGUCACAAUGGAGAGGAAUGAGAUGCAGGAUGAAAACGGCAUGCUCCGCAAAGAAAUUUCAGAGCUUCAAAACGAGUUGACAAUGCGGGGUUCAGGCAGUCCAGCAGGUUGGGGCCAUGGCACCGCCAGAUCAGACCCCCCUCUUCCUCACCCAACCGCAGUGUUCUCAUCAGAGCAGGCAGUGCAACCAGCCACCAUUGCAAGCAUUGUAUUCCCCUUGCAGCAGCCACUGGUACCAUCAGCAAUGACUGGACCACCUUAUGCUGCACCACCACUGGAACUGAAGCUCUUCCCAGAAGUGGCAUCUGCCGAAGGCCAUGAGCCAUGUGAAGACCAGGAAGCACCCAACCAUGUGGCACGACCACAGGCAAGGUACCCAACGCAAUCGGCCUCAUGGCCUGUAAGCCUGUUCUCUGGCCUUCCAGGAAUGGAAGAUGAACAGUGCAGUAGCAGCACAACCGGCAGCAGCAAGACGGCUAGCACAGAUAUAGAAUGAGUGGAUCAGCUCCGACAAUCAAAGAGUUUCUGUUUUGAGUCUAGUGGGUGUACUGACAGCACAAGCUGUGUGCAUGUAAAUAUGAACCUCCUUUUUGGAUCUCAGAAUGAUAGAUUAUACUCUAAUGGAAAUACCGAAAUAGUACCCUCCCAUUGCAAUCUUUGUUAA